AUGAAGCCCAAUGUUCAAAAUGUCGUUAACACCGUUACAAGAAACAGAGUUGGUGUGUUGCAGAGGCAGGACCACAACGGUUCUUGUCGUCUUCAGUGUACGGUGAAGACAGCUCACAAGCCAACUCACACCACUCUUAUUGUUAACAGAUUUGACUGUCUAGGGGCUGGUGAUAAAACUUUUGAGUUUAAUAAGAAGAGAAACAGACCCGAGAGGUAUGAUAGGAAUGUUACAGAAGAUACUCUCAAGGCCAUUAAGAAGAUUGAUAAGAUCAGAAGCGCUAGAGAAGCUGAUCACAUCAAUAAGAGGUUGAAGCCAAACAAACAGAAGGUAUUCAAGAGUGCAGUCGCUGAUAUAGACCAGCACAUUAAUUUUCUGAGAGCACCAGGUUCUCAGCAACAAGAUUCAGAAAAGAUGAAAGUGUUGGUCUCGGGAAACAAGUCUGUUCAAAACGAAGCCAUGGAAAGAGUGAUUCAAUGA